AUCUGGGGACUAUGUUGCUAGGGAUUUUAAAGUUUUGGAUAUUGUGACACCUGAUGAUGAAGAUGAAGAUUUUAAAGAAGCUGCUAAGACUAUAAUACACCAUUCUCAAGAGAAUGCCAUGAAAAAUGAGAUUUCAGCUCCUUAUGAGCUUCCACACUUCCCUAUCGAAGUUCAUGAAACAAGGAAAGCUAUUCAGAAAAAAUUAUGUACCAGGGUGCAAAAAGAAUUGGAAGAGAAGAAAAGCAUUCUUGGUACCGAACCCGAUGAAGACUUCAUAUCUCAGCUGAAUGAAUUUGAUUAUGUUCCUCAUUACCAAAGAGUUGCUGUGAGUGGAGAGGAUACAUCUGGUGUUCCACUGGAAGAUCUUCGACAAGCUUCACAACUUAUACAUGAAGCUCUUAAACUGCGGCAGCAAUACAUGUUUUAUGCCAAACAAUCAUUUCCAACAGUAACUGCUCGUUUCCUGAAACCACAUGCUCCUGAACAGAUCUGCACGCCCAAUGAAUUAUUAUAUGAUGUAAGUUUUACUGAAAAAGAUCCAUGGAAACGAGAUUUUCCAGAAGAUCUAAAUUAUGUUCUUAACACUGAAGAUGGUGUGAUCCAGGUGUAUAGAACAAAAGAAGAUGUGGAAGAUGGCCGUCGUCUGGAUUAUCCAUUCCCAUCUUUAACCACUUUUGUUGCUGACAUGAAUUUUAUCUGUGCAAUGAUAACAGAUGGACCUCUAAAAUCUUUCUGCUACAGACGUUUGAGUUACUUAUAUUUAAAAUAUCAACUUCAUGUUUUACUUAAUGAAAUGACAGAACUUACAGCACAAAAAGCAGUUCCGCAUAGAGACUUUUAUAACAUAAGAAAGGUUGAUACUCAUGUACAUGCUGCAUCUUGCAUGAAUCAGAAACAUCUUUUGCGAUUCAUCAAAAGAACAAUGAAAAAGUGUGCAAAUGAAACAGUUUGCUUAUCUAAUGGAAAACCACUGACACUGCAGGAGGUUUUUGAUUCUCUGAAUUUGACAGCAUAUGAUUUGAGUGUUGAUGUAUUAGAUGUCCAUGCCGAUCGAAAUACUUUUCAUAGGUUUGAUAAAUUUAAUGCAAAAUACAAUCCAAUUGGUGAAAGUAGACUUCGCGAAAUUUUCUUGAAAACGGAUAAUUUUGUGGAAGGAAAGUAUUUUGCUCAUAUAUUAAAGGAAGUGAUGAGUGAUUUGGAAGAAAGCAAGUACCAAAAUGCUGAAUUACGUCUUUCUAUAUAUGGCCGAAAACGAGAUGAGUGGGAUCGACUAGCUCAGUGGGCUGUCAAACAUAAUGUAUUUUCAAAUAAUAAUCGAUGGGUUAUUCAAAUUCCUCGUCUUUACGAUGUUUACAAAUCUAACAAUUUAGUUUCAAAUUUUCAAGAAAUACUUGAAAAUAUCUUCAUGCCUCUCUUUGAAGUGACCAACAACCCAAGUAGUCAUCCUGAGCUUUACAUGUUUUUAAAAUAUGUAACUGGAUUUGAUUCAGUUGAUGAUGAAUCAAAACCUGAAAAUCCAAUGUUUGAUAAAGAUGUAACUCUUCCUGCUCAGUGGAAAGAAGAAGAGAAUCCACCGUACAACUAUUAUUUAUAUUAUAUGUAUGCUAACAUGUGUGUUCUCAAUUGUUUCCGAAGGGAAAGAAAAAUGAACAUUUUUGUAUUACGGCCACAUUGUGGAGAAGCUGGCCCUGUUCAGCAUUUAGUUGGUGGAUUUCUUCUUAGUGAAAACAUAUCCCAUGGACUAUUGCUGAGAAAGGUACCUGUGUUGCAGUAUUUGUAUUACCUAUCACAAAUUGGUAUAGCUAUGUCUCCACUUAGUAAUAAUUCUUUGUUUCUGAACUAUCAUCGAAAUCCUCUUCCAGAUUAUCUUAGUAGAGGAUUAUGUAUAUCGUUAUCUACAGAUGAUCCUCUGCAGUUCCAUUUUACUAAAGAACCCCUAAUGGAAGAAUAUAGUAUUGCAGCACAAGUUUGGAAACUGAGUAGUUGUGAUAUGUGUGAACUAGCCCGAAAUAGUGUACUCAUGAGUGGAUUCCCACUUUCAGUAAAAAAGCACUGGCUUGGACAAAACUGCAUGAAAGAAGGUAUAGCUGGCAAUGACAUAACACGCACAAAUGUCCCUGACAUUCGAGUGGCAUAUCGAUCCGAAACUUUGAUUGAAGAACUCUCAACUAUAUUUAGUGCUCUUAAUACAAGCACUGAAGGGUCAGCUCCAGUUACACCUCUCAAAUAGAAAUUAUUAUGGAAAGAUGUGUCUAAAAAAAGAGUCCUUAUUUUUUUUAUUAAAGACAUUAUUUUGAAUUAAUUCUUAAAUAAGAAUCCAUGAAUCAUAAUUGCUGAAAUUUUAUUGAGUAUGGAUUUUUUUUGCAGCUGCAAAAAUUUAUUUGAGGCUUAGAUACAAUCUAAAGAUGUAGAUUGAAAAGUUUAUUUUGCUGCAAGGACUAUAUAUUUAAAAUGUAUUUGAGUAUAUUGAAUUUCAAGAAAUGUAAUUUUCUUGUAAUAUUUAUGUUAAUUCACAAUCAUACUUAAUUUUACUUUAU